AUGGUGUUUUUCUACAAUUUUGGCUGGAAGGAUUACGGUGAACCGUCGCUGACCGGCAUACUGGACAUCACCAAAGUGGUGGCGUUCGCCCUGACUCAGGGAAAAGUGGCCAUUCACUGUCACGCAGGCCUCGGUCGCACGGGUGUCAUCAUCGCCUGCUACCUCGUCUACUCGCUCAGAGUGAAGGCCAACGACGCUAUCCGCUACGUGCGCCUGAAGCGUCCGAACGCCGUGCAGACCCGCGGCCAGAUCCUGGCUGUGCAGGAGUUCGAGCAGUUUAUUCUUCCGCAGCUGGUCGUCUUCUCCAACAAGGAGCUGGUGAAGGAGAAGGACAAAAAGCAUGCGCACAACGAGUUCACCCUGGCGCAGUGCCUCAGCAGACAGCGCCAUGUGCUCCACGGAUACGAGGCUCGGGUCUUGCGGCACAUACCGAAGCUGGUGUACGUGCUGUGUGAGCGGCUGGUGCGGCUCUGUGAGCCCGUGUCACGGUCUCGCGGCACCUUCUUCGGCGCGGCCCCCGACUAUCGCGUGGGCUCGCCCAGCUUCACGGCCUUCUUCAUCGCGGCCCGACUGCAGGGCGAGACGACCAGCACCCUCAGCUACUCUCAGCUCAGCACCAUGCCCGUCACCAGCCCCGUCGAGUCGCCAACACCGCACGGAAACGGCGAGGAGGGGCCGCGCCUCGGCUCCGCCGUGGACGACAACAGCCUCGACUCCGUGCUCGACGACGGCAUCCAGAACCAGAGUCUGGCGCAGAACGAUGUGUACCACGAGAUGAUGUCACAGGUGGACCUGCGGAAGGCAGCCGAGCAGGAGCACGUGCAGCGGGUGCCGGUGACGGCUAUCUACGACGCUCUGCUCGUCGAUCACCCGCUGCUGGGGAGCGAGUUCAGCAAGAAAAUGCGCCACAUCCGCUUCGAGCUCAACAUACGUCAGUCCGCGUGGGAGAAGCUCAGCACAGAGACGGACCUGAAAAUACUGACAGGGCUGCUGUUUGCGUGGCUUGAACACCUGAGGGUGCCGAUUCUCGACAAGGAGUACCUCACCUACAUCGUGCUGGCACCGAACAAAAUCGACUACUGCUUCACCAAACAAGAUAAGGACACGCGGUUCACCGUGGAGUACCUGGUGCGGUUCGUGUCGCGCCUGCAGCCACUCACAGCCGAGCAACAGAAGACCCUCCUUCUGCGUCUUGCCGCAGCCCUCACCCAGCAGGGCGUUCCCGUGCAGGGAAUCCUGAAGCCUGCUGGUAAGGGCUACGCCAAGAUGCGCGAGGGCACUCUGAGGAAGCUGACCGAGUUCAUGGAGACGCUGCUGGAGCUGGUGAGCCUGGACGUGGCCCGACCCGACACCUACCUGCACCGCUCGCUGGACGCCACGCCCGGCUCGGCGCACGGCAAGGUCUCCGAGCUGGCGCGCGCCACGCUCAAGCACUCGCGCUCGGAGGAGGCGGCUGGCCGGAUGCGGCCGCUGCACACGCCGCACAGCUCCGCCGAUAACUCGCCGUCGCCCACCGGUGCGUCGGAGGAGGCCAGGCUCGAGCCGCCGCCGGCCUGAGGGCGCGAACCUGCUGGGGCCGUCGCUGCUGCCGCGGCGGAGGCGAGCGAGCUCCGGAGCAAGCGGCGAAUGUAGCGCCGGGGCGGCAGACGGGUCAGCUGGUGCGGUGAGGACCGAGGAUGGCGGCCAUGCGGCACCGCAGCUGGCCGAACGGGGAAGUGGGGCACACUGGGCAGCUGGGCAGAGCCGAGCU